AUGGCCACUAUUAACCCGGUGCCUGCAGCAUCUGCUCAGCUCCCUAGCGAGUUCAAAACUGAGUACCAUCCUCGCUCUGGUCGCCAGACGCUCUUCCAACCUUUUGAUCAAUUCGGCAUCUCCCCAGAGGCGCAGGAUGCACCUAUUGUUGACAAGGAACCAUGGCGUCCUUUCAGAUCGCGUGGGGACUUCGAAUUUUCCGAGAUCGCAAUCGAAGCUGCCCUUAAUAAGUCUCAAAUCAACGCACUCCUCAAUCUCAUCACGCGGAUAUCUGAAGGCCAUGCCCAGAUCACUUUGAAGAACGAAUCCGAUCUCUCAAAGGCAUGGGAUAAUGCCGCAGCUGAAUUAACACCAUUCUCAAAACACGACGUUGCUGUGACAUACAAGAAGAAUGAGCAAGUGUAUGAAGUUCAUGCCCGGCCUAUCUGGGACUGGGCACUUGAUUUAUUGGAUAACCCAUUGCUUGCACCUCACUUUGUCUGGGACGCGUGUCGUGUUUACAAACACAAUGGCGCGCAGUUCGAGCGUUUCUUCAACGAACCGUGGACUGGAGAUAGGUGGUGGGAUAUUCAAUCUUCUCUUCCUGAUGUCGACGGCGCUGUCCCGUUUUGUUUCAUUUUGUAUGCUGACAAGACAAAGUUAUCAUCCUUUGGUACCGUCAAAGGCUACCCAGUCGUGGUACGAUGCGCGAACUUACCUACGCAUAUUCGGAAUGGUGAGGCGUUUGGUGGUGGCCGUGUUGUCGGAUGGCUGCCUAUCAUGAGUCGUGAAGAAGGCAAGCUAGGCUAUACAACGCUGAAACGCGUUGUGUGGCAUGAAUCAUUCAAGAAACUCCUGGAACAUGCCGCACAGUACUCGAAGACCGGCUAUUCGCACAAGAGCCACAACGACAUUUUGCGAUGGCUAUUUCCCGUCAUAUUAAUUCUUUCAGCUGACUACGAAGAACAGUGCAUGAUGUCGCUCAUACGUGGCCGCAACGGCAAGUGCCCUUGCCCCGUGUGCUUGACCUACGCCAUUAGAUCCGUUGAAGAAGCAAUGGAAGCGCUUCGUGUCUAUAAGCGCAGCAAAGCUCAAGGUGAGGAGCUACUGAAAGCUCUUGGAUUGCGGCCUGUUGAGAAUAUCUUUUGGAUCAUAUGGUAUUCGGAUCCACAUGAUGCGCUCAGCUUCGAUCGAUUACACUCACUGCAUGGCGGCCUUUGGAAGCACUUUCUUGGUGAACUGAAGAAAAUCCUCGCAUCGCUUGGACGCGAAGCCGAGGCAGCAUUUGAGAAGCUGAUUGAUGACUUCCCUCGAUGGCGUAACCUCAACCACUUCAAAUCUGCUAUCAAUAUCUCGUUUUCCGAUGGAAACAAAUUCCAGGACCUAUCUAAACAAACCUUAUAUGCAUGUUUGAAUCUUCUGACCCCCAGAACCUCCCCAGAGGGCCACCAGCUACUUCGUGUCAUCAGCACUUAUCUCCAGCUGGAUAGUUUGAUCGGCCUCGAUGUACAUACUGAGGGCACACUUGCGGCAAUCGAAGCCGAACUCCUGAUUUUUGAUACGGAACUCAAGGCCUAUAUUACAUGCGCCGAAUCAUCCGACAUCGAGAAAUUGAAGGUCGACUGGAAUUUUCCAAAGACUCACUUAUGGAAGCACGUUGUUCGCGAUAUCCGACGCAAAGGAGCAGCGCGUAAUUACAGUACACGUCCCAACGAAAAGCUGCAUGGCCCCCUCAAGGACACCUACCACCAUCGAACAAACGGAAAGGAUGUUGCCGGGCAGAUCCUUCGUGUCGACCACCACAAAUUUGCCCUGAUGCUCUUGAGGGAACGUGUUGACGCGGUUGACGAACGCAACCGGUUGCAAGCACUUGGAAAUAAUCUUCCUGACGAAGACGACGUUGCUGUUGCCUUCAGUGGUCACGUGAAGCUAGGUGCACCCACACAGAAUCCUUCGUCAAUCCUUGAUCUUGAGAACCGCAGUGCAGUGGAUCGCUCAUUUCAAGCUUUUCGGAGGAAGUUUACUGAAUUUAUCAACACCUCUCUGCCUACCUAUGGGCAUCAACUAACGAACUGGAUUACAUUUCCAGCUGAUUAUCAGAUUCAUGAAUACCGCUAUCUCAAGGUCAAUUACGAGUCAAUGGUUGACUGGAAGCAAACCACUGAUCACCUCCGGUGCAACCCGCAAUUCCACGGGUUGCCGCGGUUCAACCAUGCCCUUAUACAGCUUACAGCAGAUGAAACGAUCUUUGUUCGACUGAUACUCUUAUUUAGAUGCUCUAUCUUGAACCUUGGGUCCUUCGACUUUGCACUCGUUCAGCCUUACACUGCGAGAAUCAAUGGUUCUCGCAGAAUGGACCGUUUCUUCAAGCUCACUCGUGUGAAGGCCCUCCCUAGGGCGUCUUCAAUAUUCAUCCCACUCAGUUCUUUCAUUCGAGGCGCUGUUUUGGUCCCCGACGCUGAUCAUCAAGAUGAACACCUCGUUGUUGACCACCUUGAUAGUGAUAUGUUUCUUCGAAUGAGGGCCCGGGUACGGUAA